AUGUCCCUGAAGAUCAAAGAAGAAGUGAAAAAGCAAUUCAACGCCGGCUUCUUAGCUGUUUCUCAUUACUCGGAAUGGGUUACCAACAUCGUGUCAGUCCCUAAAAAGGAUGGAAAGUUCAUCCAAUGGGAUGACAACUGUCAAGUGGCGUUCGAAAGGAUUAAGUGGUGCCUCAUGAAUCCUCCUAUGUUUGUGCCAUCGGUGCCUGGAAGACCCCUUAUCAUGUAUAUGAAUGUAUUGGAUGAGUUAAUGGGGUGUGCAUUGGGACAACAUGAUGAGUCCAGAAAAAGGGAACGUGUUGUCUACUACUUGAGCAAGAAGUUCAUAGCGUGUGAAAUGAACUACUCUUUGCUCAAAAGGACCUGCUAUGCCCUGGUGUGGGCAGCUCACCAUUUGAGAUAG